AUGGGGUUGUUUAGCAAAGAAAAGUCACCAGAGGCUCCAAACCGCUCGAAGCGAGAGAAGUGCUGGGAAAGCAGGGACAUUUAUUUCAAAUGUUUGGACAGAAUCGAUGUGGUGAAUCCGCUAGACAAGAACGUGCAAGAGAAAAUCAGGAAAAACUGCUCUAAGGAGGAUUCCCAGUUCCAGAAAGACUGCGUGGCCUCGUGGGUCAAGUAUUUCAAGGAGAAGCGUCCUUUUGAUAUCAAAAAGGAGAAGAUACUGAGGGAGGCGGCAGAACAACAAGCAAACGCUAAAAUAGAAAAAUGAUUCCGAUCGUGUAAAUAAGGUUUCUCAUUAUUGUGUGUAUAUAAAUGACCAGGGAAGGAGUAUCAGAUUACAGAAGCUGGGGAACGCGCAUUUUGGACAUGUGAUGCUCAGUGUAGGAAUAGUGAAUGAGAAGUCUAGUGUACAAAUGUAGCAUAAGUUUGUGCAAGAAGUUUAUCUGCGGCUCGUUAGCUCGCUCCUUUGACAAUUUGUAAAAGUUGGGCAAACCUCUCUUUAUUCUCCUCUAUCUCUCUUCGCAAUUCGGACACGCGAGCGUUGUAUAGUCGUUCGCAGAUUUCUACUACCAGCGGCUCGUUCAUUCUGUAGAACUCCAUAUCCUUGUCUACAGAGUCGAUAAGCCCGUUUUCAAGCAUGAGAUUGUUGUAAAGAGCCAGCAGCUGGCUUUCAGACGGUGUCCACUGCGGACUAUCUUUCAUUAGUGGAUUUUCUUUCGUUCUCUUUAGUAUAGUGCCCAGGUCAAAAUUCUUACCUGAGGACGAAUGCAAACACUCAAACAGCGUUUGACAUAUCAGCAAGAGCGUCUGUGUGGUGUAGUUCUCGGGAACAGUCAAAUCUAUC